GCCUUCUCCCUCUGGCUAUGAACAAUACAGUUUUACAUAAACGGGGCUGAUAUGUAACCGUGCUGCUGCUGUGUGAACUUCAGAGGUUCCUGCUGGGAGCUACGUGAUCUGAGUGUUGAAAGGACGGAUGGCAAGGUGACUCAGCUUAUGACUGAACAAUCUAUCCAGAUCUGGUUCGCUCGUCGUUCCCUGACACACUGAAAUCUCUUGCUUGGCUGCAGUCCCGCAUUCUGCUAUUUCUGGUCUGAACUGGUUGUUUACGUGUGCACCCAGCUAGUUGAAAUACUUGCAGAGUCAACGCGCCACACAGCGCAUAGCCCUGUGCAAAACGGACUGGACUCCUUCACUGAAGCGGCACACGUUGAGUGGCAGCAAACUGCUCGAUUCAGCGCCACAGCAAUCCGCUUCAGUCCUGACUUCUCUUUGUUGCCAUUUUGGAUCAGACCAGGAGAAAAAUCCUACUUCUAUCACCAUGGCAUCUGUUCCCUCAGCUGGCUGCUUGCUUGCAGCACGGAAUCCUUAUUGCAGAAGCCGACUAAAUUCCACAACGGGUGUGUUGUCCAGUGGGUCGUGCAGUUUAGAGAAUGUCAUAGAGCAUGAAAAAACCCAUCAAGGAUUUCUUCUUACACUGGAGAAGUGUUGGUGGCUAAAGAACUUUCUGCACAGUGACUCUCCUCAACACCCUAUAAACACUGAACUACCUGCCAGAAGUCAUCAUUGAUCAAGGAUGAAAUUUGGACAUUUGCCUUCUGUGGAUUAAAUUUUAGUCUACAGUACUUUGUAGUAUGUUGCUCUUGGCUCAGGGAAUUGGUUGGAGAUGACAAUGUCCCAACUUCAAUCUACCAUGAAGUAGGUGAUGGCCACUUCAAGAAGCAAGUGAGGCUUCCAUCAUCAGCAUUGCCAUUUAAUCAUUCUUCAGUUGCUCAAGAUGAUUGAUAUGGAGCAUCUCGAGACUUGCAAUGAAUAUUUAGAUUUAGCAAGAGCAAAGGAAGCUAAUUUCAAAAACUAUUUAAUUUGAGGUGUUUUCUGUAUUUGUCUUCAUGGCUGGAUAAUUAUUUUAAAGCAUGGAAACAAAUGUUAACCUGAAUAAAACACUGGAUUGUGUGAUUAUGUGUAUCUCUCUCUCACAGUGUUGACAGCACCUUUCUCAUGACAUGCACUGGGUGUUAUAGUUCAUGCCUUGUGUGUUUAAAUGAUGUUCAUGAAUUGAAUAUUAAGUCUGUUCUUGAGUUUCCCAGUAAGUGGUAUUCUCAUCAUGUCUAAGAAAAGCCUUUAGUUUUAGUAUGGAUGGAAACAUAGAGCAUAAUUACAUUAUUUUUAUAACAUUUGUCACUAAUGGGUUACAAUUUUUUCUGUUAAUUUUAAUAAAGUCGUAGAUACGAGUGCAGAGUGAGAAAUUCUAUUUUGUAUGUGGAUUUUCUUACAUGGGAGUAAAUUCAACUCUGAAGAAAUGCUUACAGUCUUGCAUUGAUGCACUAGAUUUUAAAAUUCAGCAGUUAAUUCUUACAGAACUAUUUGUCUUUUUUCCAUGAUUUUUAUUCCCACAUGUAUUUCAAUUAUCCUUGGAGAGUAACUUUCUGCCUUGGGUACAAGAAACUUUGAUUGUUAAAGGGAAUGAAACAAUCAGGGAGGUGAUUUUAUUCAGCAUGUUCCCUUUUGAACUUCCACAUUGUUCUCUGAAGAUUUAAGAAUUGUCAGUCGAUGCUGGAUAUAUAUCAAUUGCUUUAACAAUUGGUUUAUAUCCAGUUAAUAGAAAGAAAAACCUGUCACUGUUAGAAUAAUGCUUGCUCAUGACUUCUAGACCAAUGUGGUGGGUUCCUCAACUGAAAUAAUUGUACAACUUUUUAUAUGUUUUAAUAAAUAAAAGGACUUUAUGCAAA